UGAGGCAAUCAUAGUAAUAAAGUAGUACACUGUACAGCAUUUCAUAAUCAUGAUUAGGUACAUUAGCAUUAUUCCCAUCUCCUUGUCGGUGUCUAGAAAUACACCAUGAAUAAGGCAGCGGUUACAGCUCGAGACGGAAAAGGCCUGCUUUAUAUAUCCAUUCUCGAACCCCGUGUAAAAAUGUGGAUAGAAUGUGAAUUUGGAUGAACGGAAUCAAUGCAUGGAAGGGUGGAUGGAUGGUGACCGUACAUGAUGAGGACGUUGCUUAUUUUUCGGGAGGGGAUUAUUUCGUGAGAUCAUUUUGUGGGGUACCUAGAACGAAGAACCUCGAUUGCAAAAUUGCUUUGCUUGGGCACAAAACACGCGCCGUAUCAGAUACGGCUAUGUAGACUCGGCUCCUACUAUGACGGCGCCUUGGCUAGUAGUCAAGUCAAAUAGCCGCGUGCCCGUGUUGCGCAUGCCCACCGGCUGCGCGGUCUUGUGGUCCAGUAUAAAUGAGUUGAGC